AUGGCACCGGAGAAGGAGCCGCUGGAGCCGUCGUGGCUCGCGCAGGUGAAAGAGCUCCUGGGUCCGCACAAACGGUACCAUCGCGCUCAAACCGAAGAUGCACUCCCGAGCGGCGUAAAGGUGGAGCAGGCUUCUCGCUUUCCGAAAGAGGUUGCGCACUUCACGCGCUGGAAGAUCAUUCACAUAGAGUGCUCUCGGUGGGACGCCGAUGCGAUGAUGAAAAGAGCUGAGGUGCACGUCGUCGACCUCGUCGACGCCGCGACUAUCAAACUAAACCCAGCUUUGCACUCCCACGCGCUGGAGCUGGAGGCUGCCGACGACGGACUGGUGGUGAGUAACCGCGGGGGCUUCCACUCCAAGCCAGACGCAGUCCAAAAACUAUCCGACUGCGGAUGCGAGGAGGCGACGCAGAUAAUGAACCUCGUGCGAUCGUGCGUGAUGUACGAACCGGGUAAAAAGGCGAGACACGAAAAUGACGCCAAGGUGACCACUGCGUGGAUCAACGUGUGCCGCAACGGCCACACACACGGCCUGCACAGUCACGAGCCCGCUAAGUUCUCCGCCGUGUAUUACGUCUCAGUGCCGGAGUCGAAGGAGGAGGAGGAGGAGGAGGAGGAUUCCUUGUCCGGUCAUCUCGUGCUGAGAUUCGGAUCAGGAGGUAACGAGGGUGACCCUGCUUUGGGGCUGGAGGACGACAGUUGGUGCCUGUGGGACCACGUGGAGCCGAAGGAGGGUCGGCUCGUGAUAUUUCCCUCCUCGAUGCCGCACGGCGUUUUGAAAGUGUCGACCGCGGCGGACGAAGAGAAACCGAGGAUAUCCAUCGCGUUCAACACGGGCGAGAAGAACGUGAACCUCGAAAAGUAUGGAAAGAAGAACAAGAAGCGGAAGAAGACAGAGUAG